CCUCCGUUUAUGUUCGGUCACCUUACGUCAUCCUGUCCCUACGUCAUCAUUCAGUCAGAGGGGAGACGCUAGCUAAAGCCGAAGUAUCCUAUUGGUCGCUUCCGUCAAUGUAAACAUGUAGCCGGUUCACCAGUAAAUGGUGUAAAAGCUCUGCUAUUAAAACCGCGUUUUGCAACUGUCAACACGUUUUUCGGCAGUACGAAUAAUGAUGGAUGUGUCGCUAAAAAUAGCAUUUCCGGAGCCCGGGCAAUUCAGUGUUAGCUUGAUAACUAGCUAACACUGACUAGCUAGCUAGCUAACCAUUGGGCCGUGGCUGUAUUGGCUGGCCUUGUCAAUUAGACAGCUAGCGCUCGGUUGGAAGUCAUGACGGUCUAAAUCGAGGGCAGCCACGCAAAGGAAGAUGGCAAGUAACGUUUAUGCAAUCUAACAAAGACGUAUCGAGAAGCGGAGACUAAAACAAUGAGUACAUCGAGAGGUGCUGGUGCCUCCUCACCGGUGAACGGAAAACAAGGUAACGACUGGGACACCCGACGGAAGAGGAAGAUCGCGGACAUCACGCACGCCCUCGGCGCGAGCCCGGUGGACGUGGCGGCUCUGAGGAGGAUGGCCAUCAGCGAAGGCGGUCUGCUGACCGAUGAGUUACGCCGUCAGGUGUGGCCUCGGCUUCUCAACGUCCCUCCCCACGUCCUGGAGCGGCAGCCAGAAACUGUGGAGAGGGAGGACAACAAGGACUACAACCAGGUGCUGCUGGACGUCCAGCGAUCGCUGCGGAGGUUCCCGCCUGGUAUGCCAGAUGAGCAGCGGGAGGGUCUCCAGGAAGAACUAAUCAACAUCAUCCUCCUCGUCCUAAAACGCAAUACCCAGCUGCACUACUACCAGGGAUACCAUGACAUCGUUGUCACCUUCUUAUUGGUCCUGGGAGAGCACCUUGCAACCGCCCUGGUGGAAAAGCUCUCCACGCACCACCUCAGGGACUUCAUGGAUCCUACCAUGGACAACACCAAACACAUUCUUAACUAUUUGAUGCCCAUCAUUGAGAGGGUCAACCCCGAAGUGCAUGACUUCAUGCAACAGGCUGAGGUGGGGACCGUCUUCGCUCUCAGUUGGCUGAUCACCUGGUUUGGACACGUCCUGUCCGACUUCCGCCACGUUGUCCGGUUGUACGACUUCUUCCUGGCCUGCCAUCCGUUGAUGCCUAUCUACUUUGCUGCUGUGAUUGUGCUGCACAGAGAAGAGGAGGUGUUGGAGUGUGAAUGCGACAUGGCCAUGGUUCAUCACCUGCUGUCCCAGAUUCCCCAGGAUCUGCCGUACGAGACACUCAUCAGCCGAGCGGGAGACCUCUUUGUCCAGUUCCCUCCCUCUGAACUGGCCAGAGAGGCCGCCUCACAUGACAGCAUGGCAGCCUCUACCUUUAAGGACUUUGACCUCGCGUCCACUCAACAGCGACCAGACUCGGUUCUCCGUCGCCGUCGGCGACAGAAACAAGCGGCGCUGGAGCGCUCGGCGGCUGCGGCGGCGACAGCCGUAGCGUCGGUGGCCCAGCCUUCGGCAGCGCGGAGGUUCGUCCGGCUGGCCGUCAUGGGGCUCACGGUGGCUUUAGGGGCAGCAGCUCUCGCGGUGGUCAACUCUGCCCUGGAGUGGGCCCCCAAACUGGACUUUUUCCCUUGAGCUGCUCCUCUUUUGCUCCCGUGCUCCAGCAGAACUGUCCUUGAAUGCUGGCAGGUCUUCCCCCACCCACACACCACGCAGUCCAACACUGUCUCCACACCGAACCAGUAAACGCUCCUAUUUUCAUUUCUUAGGAUGUGUCUUAACGUCCAAUAUAUAUAUAUAUAUAUAUAUGGCCUCUAAGGCUCCGGCUGAAGGUCCCUAUUAAUGACCCGAGAAGAGCGGGCACCAGCAAGACCGCUGCUACGGCUGGUGCUCUGAAAUGAACGGCCCAUCCAGUUAUAAUGAAGAGACCGUUUUUAUAAGAACUCUUAACUGAUGGUGUCAUCAUCAAAAGUGUAUUUAUAGCUCGUGUUAGGAUAAUCUGAUAUCGUGUUAUGCUCACAAAGAUGUAUGCCUAUAGCUUGGUGGACUCAUUACACUUGAAACUGCUGCCAAUUAAGAGGGCUUGACUGAAUGUAUGAGGGGGUGGGGUGGGGGGGUCUGUGUGGUCGCAACCGAUUUGUUAUCCCUUUGAUACCUGAAAUAAGACCAAAUAGACGAUCUUUAGAAUCAUUUUGUAUUAUUUACUGUUUCCUAAUUUAUAGGUAUACACGCAGAGGUAAAGAGAGAUGCUAAUGAGACGGAGGCACCUUGUCAUGGUCACAGUUGUGUUAUGUUUUAGGUACUUUCGCCCAUCUUAAUAUCUUCAAAAGUUUUUUUUGAUGAGACGGAAUAGCUUUACAACAUGUCAACAGCGGUCACACCUAAAUAUGCAUUUCAGUUGUAGCUCAAGGUCGGGGUCAGCUAGACAUAUCUGCAAAAUACGAUUAGUGUCAUCCAGGUAAAUGUGGUUUACCCGGCUUGAAAUCUCAACUUCCAACGGAUUUGGCCCCAGACUGGAGUAAAUCGUUCACGGUCCAUGAAGUAAAAAAACAAGAGGAAAAAAAGUCAACCAUCUUGAACUAGCUUUACUUGCACACUUUUUUAGUUUUGUUUUUUUAAUCCCCACUUAAGAAGUGUGACACGGCCUCUCUAAAGACUGUAUGCUUUCUGCGUGACCUUUUCUGGAGUAGAAGAUUCCAUCUCCGUACAGUUUAGUAACGCACUCAUUUGCUUUAUCUAGUAAAGUAACCGAAAAAUAGAGAAAAACGGACUUUAUAUUUUAGUGCAUAUUCUGUAGUCUUCGGGCACAAGGGGGGGACCCACCACACUGCAGGUUUUGUAAAAUCCAUUUAAUAUUAGUCUGAUAGGUGCUUUUCUCACUACUCCUCAAAGGGUGCUCCUGUCAGGGGGGGAAAGCGCCCGAGCCUUCAUAUUAACGCCAAGGUUUUUGUGUUUAAAAAGUGCAUUUGGCUUUAACAUGUAACGCUAACUAGUCCAGCUCAUUCCAUCGUUCCCGUCAUUCUCAUUCAGUCACAUGUUCGGGGUCGUAGGGCUUUGCUCGGGCUUCAGGUGGUGUCUCACGUACCCCGAAUAGCCGCGUCUCAUCUGGAUAAAUGUAGAGCAUUUUAAUAUAAGAAUUUGGGUUGUCUGCAAUCUUUUAGGAUGUAUUUUGCUGCACAGAAAAUGAUCAGUUAUUGACUUUGGCUACAGCUACACGACAACCACUCAACUAAAACCUUUCACUUGAAAGAGAGAAGUUGUUUUUCUGCCGUACUCCGAGCCGAAUGCUUUGGCGUCCCGCUUCCUGUGCUGUGGUCGAUCGGUUCGUUGACUUUGUGGCGAGCCAACGAUUCAGCGCUGAACAGGAUCCACACACUGAUGAAAAUGUCCAAGGAGCGAGGUGCCUGAGAGCCGAGCUGUAUCGUAGCACACCGUGCAUCUGCACUCAGUGGUUUCUCAUUUGUUAUCAUCAUCGCAUCAAGUAAUUGAUCUGCCUUUUGUUUGUUUCUUUAUAAUGAAACUGUCACACUAAUGUAAAGGUUGUACAAGAGAAUGCUAAUAAACGAGUGAAAACGUA